AUGAGAUUUAUCAAUUUCCCCAUACUCCAACUUGUUCUUGUUCUGCUGCUACAAACACUUGUCGUUUUGUCUCAGAACAUCAUAAACGGCUCUGUUCCUGUCGGUGAAUCUCUCACCGCUUCCCAAAAAUUCCCCAGCUCAUGGCUUUCCUCUUCCGGUGAAUUUGCCUUCGGAUUCCGCAAGAUUCAACCAAACGAUGGUUUCAGCCUCUCCAUAUGGUUCGACAAGAUUCCUGACAAGACCAUCGUGUGGCACGCACAAGCCGUCAGAACAACCACUGGUCUUGUCCCUGAUGGUUCUAGGGUUACAUUAACAUCAAAUAGCGGUCUGGUUCUCACUGGCCCUCGAGGUCAGCAGCUCUGGAGCUCUUCACUUCCUCGAGUUAGGAGCCCUGUUUCUCGAGGGCUCAUAACCGACGCCGGAAACUUCUGUCUGUUAGGCGAAGCGACAGAUUAUUCCGACGAGCUUUUGUGGUCUAGCUUCGCUAAUCCUACAGACACUCUAUUGCCUACUCAGAGUAUUGAGGUUAGAGGGAAUCUCUCAUCUCGCCGGACAGAGACAAGCUUGAAGAAAGGAAGAUUCAGGCUACGUUUAGGUGGUGAUGGAGAUCUUCAGCUUCUUACACUCAACAGCGAUACGCUCGCAGAAACAGAUGUAUACUUUGCGUACUACUCAAGUAACACAAACGAUCCUCGGAGCCCCGGGUAUCGACUGGUUUUCAGUGAGUCAGGCUACGUGUAUGUGAUACUGAGAGACAAUACAACAAGAUUCAUUCUCAAUAAGAAAGGUCCUGUAUCCUCUAGAGAGUUUUACCACCGUGUCGUUCUCCAUUUCGACGGUGUUUUAGCUCAGUAUUAUCAUCCCAAGAGUCAGGUGAAUAAUGAUAAUAAUAACGGGUGGUCUUUGGCUUGGUCAGAGCCAGAGAAUAUAUGUGGGAAGAGAUUUGGUCAGAGUCUUGAUGCUAAUGAGCUUGGGAAUCUAGCUUGUGGGUUUAACAAUAUAUGUGUUUUAGGAGAUAACCAGAGGCCAAAAUGUGAAUGUCCCGAAAGGUUUGUGUUGGUGGAUCCAAGUGAUGAGUAUGGUGACUGUAAACCGGGUUUUGAGAUGCAAACUUGUGGACCGGAGAGUAAUAACCAAACCGAGACCGAGGACUCGGAUGCAAAUCUUUACGAGUUUAUAACUUUGGAAAGGACAAAUUGGCCGUCUGGGGAUUACAAGAGGUACUCGAACUAUGAUGAAGGAAGCUGCAAAGCUGCUUGUCUCAAGGACUGUUUUUGUGCAGCGGUGGUGCUGGGAAGAGAUCGGUUAUGUUGGAAGAAGAAGUUUCCACUGUCUUACGGCUUCAGAGAUCCGAAUGGCGACAGCGAUACAUUCGUUAAGGUGCGUAAGAAACGCUUACCAAGUACCAGGAAAUCUGGAUCCCGGUCUUGA